AUGGCGACCGAGCCCACGCUGCUCUGGAGUUGGCAGGACGGUACGAGCGGAACGGACAACUUGUACGGCGUCGCGGCAGUGGGCGGAGAUGACUCCUUCGUCCUCGCGGGACGGACGCAGGGCGACUGGGCCGAGACAAACGAGGGCGACUUCGACUUCAUGGCGGUCAAGUUUGCCCAAGACGGCACGGAGCAGUGGAGGCUACAGGCGGGGACGCCCGAGACGGACACGUUUCAUGAUGCCGCGGCCGUCACGAGCUCUCCGAGCACGGUUGCCAACAUGGCGGCGACAGGCACGUCGGCGGCCGGCGACGAGUCGACUGCGAUCAUCCUCGCGGGAUUCACGAAGGGCGGCUGGGACGGGGCAGCGAGCGCCGGCGGCAGCGACUUCGUGGCGGUCAGCGUGGCGUCUGGCGACGGGAGCCAGUUGUGGAGCUGGCAGGACGGGACCGAAGAGGACGACGUCCUGAUGGGCGUCGUGGAGCGCGGAGGGGGCUCCGCCGUUGUGCUGGCGGGACGCACGGGGGGGGACUGGGCGGAUGCGAACGCAGGCGAAGGCACCGACUUCGCCGCGGUGAAGCUCGAAGCCGGUGACGGGAGCGAGAUUUGGCGGUUUCAGGACGGGUCGAGCGGAGACGACACCCUCAAGAGCGUCGCUGCGGCGGAGGACGACACGGUCGUGCUGGCGGGGUACACGGAGGGGAGCCUGGGCGGCGAUAACGCCGGCGAAACGGACUGCGCCGUCGUCAAGCUCGACGCCGACGGAGGGGUGCUUUGGAGAUGGCAGGGAGGCACGGCCGAGUCCGACGUCUGUUCCGCGGCGGCGGUGGCAGAGGACGGGUCCAUCGUCGUCGCGGGAUAUACCGUGGGGAGCUGGGGCGGGAGCGAGGCCAACGCCGGGGAGGACGACUUGGUCGUGGUUAAGCUCGACAAGGACGGAAACGAGCUCUGGCACUGGCAGGAGGGGACUCCUCUCAAGGACAGGCUCUUCGCCGCGGCCCUUUGCGAAGACGGGGGCUUCGUGCUGGCGGGCUACUCCGAGGGAGACUGGGCGGCCGCCGAUGCCGGCGCCGGCGGCUCCGACCUGAUCGCCGUCAAGCUUUCCCCGGAAGGGGAAGUCCUAUGGAGAUGGCAGGACGGCAACGCCGGCAGCGACUGGGUCACGGCGGCCGCCUCGACCGGUAGCGGCGGUUCGAUCGUCCUCGCCGGCACCUCCGAAGCGACGUGGCAGGACUCGGCAACAACAACAACAACAGGGGACGACACGACCGGGCUGACGACGGAAGACUUCGUCGCGAUCUCGCUGGACGUGGCCGAGGCCGACGUCGAUGCCACCCGUGCACCUGUCCCCGCCCUACCCCCCACCUCUCCCGACAAUGUCGCCGGCUUGACGAGCGGGGGCUCGUCCGUGAUGGCGAUGCCUUUGCCGUUCUCUUCUCCGGCCCUGGGGGGUGGGGCUGGGGGCAGUCACGGAGCCCCCCUCUUCUUCGGUUUGGCGGUGGCAGUGGCGGUGCAUCUGGCGCGCCGGGUGUCAGCGUCUCUGUUUUUCUAA